AUGUCCUACGACCCAGACGACGAUUUUGAUAAUAAUCCGUUUGCACAACCGCAACAUGAUGUUCUAAACGGUGACGGUUUCAAAUCAGAUGAAAGCCAGUAUCAUAGUCCAUAUAAUAAUAUAUAUAGCAACAAUCCAAUAGUGAAUGGUUUUGGCAGUGACAUUGCCACCAAUAACGUUGAUGCCGUUGGGGGUUCUGGAGGAUUGAUAACUGCUGAUAAAGAAAACCAAGAAUUGCCAAAGAUCCCAGACCAGGAAAACACAACAACGGCGCAAUCCUCGGAAGAACAAGGAAAACCAAAUUUUGAGCCUGAUUUGACUUUGCUACCUGAACGUCGUUCCAAGAAAAAUUAUCACAUAACCAUCAAAGUUGUUGGGAUAGAAAGAGUAGCCAAAAAAGAUCCAAUCAUUAAAUUUAACGCUUUGACAAAUUUGCCAAACUUCAGGGGUACUACUUUCAAAGAUAUCAGAAGAUCUUAUGGGGAGUUGGAAAAGUUUUUCCAAUACUUAAAUGGUGCAAAUCCUGAAUGUUUUGUUCCAUCAUUGCCUGCGGCACAAACCAGUUAUGGAGCUGGCUCCGAGGAAGAUGAGGAAGCUUUGGAAAGACAGGUACAAGACUGGUUCAAUAGAGUUACUGAUAACCCGAUCUUAAUACGCAAUGAAGAGUUCGUGUUUUUCAUUGAAAAUGACUUUGGUUAUAGCCCAAUAAACAAGGGUAAGGUUCCUGCGACGGGAUUGAAAAGAAAAACAUUAAAACAGUUUCAACCGCCAUAUGAUGAGGUGACAGAAUUAGUGGAAUUCAGACCAUACAUAAAAUCCGUUUAUUUAAUAACUCAGGAAAUUAUUAAAACAUUUGACAAAACAACAAGAUUAAGAAAGAAUUAUGGAUUGCAUGUUGCAGAAUUGGGUCAUAAAAUCACAGAGUUGUCUAAAAUGGAAACUUUGCACCCAGGAAUGGUGAACUUGUGGCAAAAAUUCGGUAAAAGUAUGAUUGUUUAUGGAGACAUUGAAGCCGUCAAAUCGGUUUAUGAGCUGGCAUUAUUUGGUGAUGAGAUUACCAGAAUUAGCAGUGACUCGUAUAUUAUCAAGGAACAAUUGACCAAUAGACAUCUUUUGAUGCGAGAAUUGAUCAAUGCAGAACAAAUCACUAAGAGUAAGCACGCUCAGGCGUUAAAGGUGAAAACCAAAAGGUACGAAGAUCCGAUCAAAAUUGAUCAAAUCAUUCGGGAGUUGGAAGAAAGUAAAAAGGUGGAAGACGUGCUAAGAGCGAAAGUUGAUAGAGUUUCAUCUAAUAUGUUGAUUGAGAAGCAACAAGUCGUUAAGCAUCAAGAUCAGCAGUUCAAGUCUAUUCUUCGGAAUUACACAAGAAAAAUCAUCGACCAUGAACGGAAAUUAUUGAGCAACUUCGAAAAAAUUAGACUUGAUGUGAGAUCAGUGGAUGAAAAUGGUGGAUUGAGUAGACUAGGAAGAGAGAACUACCCAAAAAUGGCAAGUAAUGUGAGAAAUAGUCAACGUUUUGAUGGCGAUGAUUGGAGUGGAGAUAGAAAACAUAAGAGAAAUCACAGUAGUAUUAGUAAAGACGAUGCUACCAAAGAGGUAACAGGAAAAGUGGGAGUUGCAGUCUCAAAGAAAUCUAUUGAGCAAGUGGAAGAGACUUUUGAUGCGAGAAGUGCAGCCACUUUAUUAGGAACUCUGGCAUUUUAG